AUGCAUAUCAAGCAGCCCAUCGCAGCAGCGCUCCUCUUCGCCUCCGGCACCGUGGCCCGCGAGGCCCCCGCCAGCGUGAAAGCCUUCUACUCGUCCGUGAAGAAUGGCGGAGACUGCACAGGCGAUGACCUCCUACAGGGCGGGUUCUAUGAUACUGACGAGGGCCCGACCGAAUACGGCUACUGCAAGAAGAACCUGAGCAAGGGAUUCUACCUCAAGGGGCCCGGCAACGAGCUCGUGAACAUGGAUAUCGACUGCGAUGGCGAGCAGACCCACGGUGAUGGACGUUGUGGCAGCUCCAAGGACACUCAGGGCCAGACAGCCUUCAAGGAUGAGGUGUCCAAGUACGGUAUUAGCGAUCUGAAUGCGUACGUCCACCCGUACGUGGUUCUCGGCAAUGAAGGCGACUACUCUCCUACAUUUGACCCCCGCGAGCAUGGCAUCGAGCCCCUCAGUAUCGUGGCGGUUGUAUGCAACAACAAGCUCAUCUACGGUAUCUGGGGUGACACCAACGGUGACGACGGACAGCCUUUGGUCGGUGAGGCCAGCUUGGCCACGGCAACUGCUUGCUUUGGCACGGAGAUGAACGGCGACAAUGGUCACGAUGAGAAGGACGUCCUUUAUAUUGCUUUCCCCGGUCCGGAGGCUGUCCCUGGAAAUGUUGCCAAGUGGGAUGCCGAAAGCUACGAGGAGUUCGAGGAGAGCAUUACUGAGCUGGGUGAUAAUCUCAUCCUUGGACUUGGGAAGGGCUUUGUCACUAACUCCACCGCACAUGUCCGCCGUUACCGCCAUUAA